AUCAGUGGAGCACCUUAUUCAGCAGAGACAGAAAAAAGCGGAAACCCUCAUGUAGACAGACACAGACACACGAUGCUUGAACAGGCCAGAAUCCUCUUACCGGGACUGCGACUAUCCACACUAAUUCCCCCAUGGAGGAGGUGAACUGCAGUACUCAUGGAUGGAGCUCUGCAGCGUGCUGGAUGGAGAACCUGAGGAGUGACAGCAUUGCGCGACGCUGAUCGGAAACUUGUGCAGCCUGCAUUGCCAUGGAGUUAGGAAAAGUUUGGUCCAGACAUCAGAGGACACUGCUGAUCACCAUGAUGAUGUUCAAACUCGGUCUUCUGUGUACAGCAGCAGCAGACAAAUGUCUCUCAUCACCCUGCAACAAUGGCGCCACCUGUCUUGAACAUCUGGGUGACUAUGUCUGCCUUUGUCCCAAAGGACCCGUAUGGUACAUGGGCAAAAACUGUGAUGAGCUGUAUGACGCUUGCAUCUUGGCACCUUGCACCAACUGUACCAGCAGUCCCGGAACUGGCAAUUUCACAUGCCACUGUCCGGAUGGCUUCACAGGCCUCAACUGCACCCAGGAUGUAGACGAGUGUGAGAGCAACCCCUGCAAAGGUAUCAGGUCUUACUGUGUCAACAGAAUUGAUGCCUAUUCAUGCCACUGUCCAUAUGGAUUUGGAGGCGAAUACUGUGAGUCUAAGAUCACCACUUGCUCAGAGGAAACAUGCCACAAUAGGGGAACAUGUAUAGACAUUCCUGACAUUGGACAUCAUUGUCAGUGUCAUGCUGGAUACCAAGGGGCCAGCUGUGAAGAAAAUAUCAAUGAAUGCAAGUCUGCACCCUGUCAAAAUGGUGCCAUCUGUAAAGAUGGCGUCAAUGCCUACCAGUGUUUCUGUGUGCCUGGAUUUCAAGGCUUCCACUGUGACUUGGACAUAAAUGAAUGUGCCUCCGCACCAUGUCAAAAUAACGGCACAUGUUUGGACGAAGUGGACAAUUACAUCUGUGAUUGUGCUGAAGGUUUCAAAGGGAUUAACUGUGAGGUAGAGAUUGAUGAGUGCGAAGUACAACCCUGCCAGAAUGGUGGUACCUGCCGAGACUAUGUUGCCACGUACACGUGUGAGUGUAUGGAUGGCUUCCAGGGUCAAGACUGUGAGAUCAACAUUGAUGAAUGUGCCAGCAUGCCAUGUCUGAAUGAAGGCAGGUGCAUUGAUGGGGUCAACAGAUAUAAGUGUGACUGUGAGGGGACAGGCUUUGAAGGUCACAACUGUGAGGAGGAUAUUCCUGAAUGUGCUUCAGGUCCAUGCCAGCAUGGAGGCACUUGCUUGGAGGGGAUCAACCAGUACAAAUGCCUCUGUUUGCCAGGUUACAAGGGAGAGAACUGCCAGGUGGAUGAAGAUGAGUGUGAUCAGUACCCCUGUGAAAAUGGCGGGGAAUGCUUCCAGCGCUCAGAUGUUGAGAACUAUGGGGUACUCCCUGAACUCAGCACAGCCAAUUUUUCCUAUGAAGAAGCAGCUGGAUUCAUCUGCCACUGUCGACCUGGAUUCACAGGAGAAAAUUGCUCUCUCAAUGUGGACGAGUGUGAGUCUGCUCCGUGUCAGCAUGGAGGAAGCUGCGAGGAUUUAGUAAACUCGUAUCAAUGUUUGUGUUCUGAUGGCUUCACAGGUAUGCAUUGUGAAGUGGAUAUCAAUGAGUGUGACAGCAAUCCCUGCCAGAACGGUGCUACGUGCGAAGAUGCUGCCAACUCUUAUAUAUGUCAGUGUCCUGCUCCAGAACCUGGUAGAGAGCCAUUGGGUGGGCGCAACUGUGAUGUUCUCCUGGUUGGCUGCCAUCAGCACCAUUGUCAACAUAAUGGCGUCUGCAUGCCUCUGCUGACAGCGUAUGGUGAGCAUAGCUACACGUGCCUCUGUGGGCCAGGCUGGACUGGAGAACUCUGCAACACCUCUACCACCUUUUCCUUCAACUCCGAGGGCUACGUCCACAUGCAGCUUCCCGUUUCUAAAAACAGAGCAAGGCAAAGUACUGAUGACUACAACUAUGGACUCCAUAUGCAGCUAAGAUUCAGGAGCACUUUGCCUGACAUGUUGUUGUACCAUCGUGGUACCAUGGAACACUUCAUCUCCCUGGAGUUAGUUCGGGGUUCUCUCCAGGCCAGGUUAAAAUGUGGGAGGUUGCUACAGGUCAUUUAUCCAGGUCCAGUCAAUGACGGCGAAUGGUACCAAGCCACUGUGACCAUGGACGAGAGACUGAUUAUGGUUGUAGAAGGACCUGGCUGUGAAGAAGGAUGUCAAGUGAAAAAUGAAGUGUACAACCAUCUGAUCUUUUUCCAGUCAAACUCCUUUCAACAGCUGUAUGUAGGAGGAGCGCCUAAGGAAUAUUUGACACUCUCGUCAAGUGGGAGGAGUUUCAUUGGCUGCAUGGAAGACCUUAGAGUUGACUAUAAAUUGCUGCUUCCUCAAGACCUCAUGAGAGAGGAGAACACAGGCUUGGAAUUGGGAUGUGUCAAAGAGGAUUUGUGCCAAGACGACCCUUGCAAACAAUUGGGGUUUUGUUUGGACAUGUGGGUUGUGGCCAAAUGUCAGUGUCACCGGCCAUACUUUGGAGAAACAUGUGACAGAGAAUAUCCGUCCUGGACCUUUGGUCAUGAAAACACUACAAGCUACACUGUCUUCAACGUCACAGAAACCCAUGGAGAAAAUUUCACCAUCUCCUUUAUAAUGCGCUCUCUUAAAAAAAAUGGCCUUCUUCUGCAGUUUCGCCGGGAGGAAAAGUCCUACCUGACAAUCUACCUGAAGGAAGCUACGAUUGCCAUCUACAGCCCUUACACCACCCUCUUGUCAGAGGCUAAGUUUGUUACAGAUGGCAAAAAUAAUUUGGUGACGAUAAAAGUAAACUAUGGCCAUGUGUUCUUCCCAAUAGCUAGGAACCAUCGCGCCUUAGGGAAUGUGAGCAUAGAGGCAGGGGAUAUUGUUUAUGUUGGAGGACUCCCUAUAGGUGAAAAUCUCAAUGACUGGGGUGGAAAAUUCAAGGGCUGCCUACAAGACAUUCGAUUGGACGACAAACAUUUGUCCAUUGUGGGCCACAACGAAGAGGUGGAGAUUUAUCAGGCAACUGCAGAGAAGAAUGUUCUGCCAGGAUGUCAAAGUGACAAUACAUGCAGGAAUGAGCCCUGUCUCAACGGUGGAAAGUGUCAAAUCACCUGGAAUGAUUUCAAGUGUGACUGUUCCAUUAACUUCUCUGGACGACUGUGCGAGAAACGUUUGUGGUGUGUCGAAAACCCUUGCUUCGAAGGAGGGCAAUGUGUCGACCUAUUUGAUGGUUAUGAGUGUUUGGCUGAAGCCAUUUUCCAGGACAAUGCCCUUGAGUAUUUUGCCAACAGCUCCCUGUUGAGCCCAGUAACAAACAUCACGAUGGACAUUAGAACACGGGACGACAACGGUAUCUUGUUGAGGGCCGAGAGCCAAGCUGAGGUAUUCUGUCUGGGUCUCCUUAAUUCCACACUUCUGGUCAAAAUGGACACUGGAACGAGUGCAGACCUGCUAGCUUUUACCAGUGACAGGGCCAUCGCAGAUGGGGCAUGGCAUCGCAUCCAGUUGAGCAUGAUCGACCCUUCACAGUCAGUGUCCCGAUGGCGUCUCACUGUAGAUGGGCAGACAGCGGGUUGCAGCCUUGGAGUUGCUGGCAACCUUAACUUCCUCAAUGAUACCAAAAUUUGGCUGGCAGAGAAAUAUGCUGGAUGUUUGGGGGAAGUGAGAGUCGGUGGAAUCUACCUACCAAUUUUCAGUGUACCAGACGCCCCUCAGACAAGUCAUUUCUCCAGACUGAGUGGACAUGAGCCAAACUUCGGAUGCAAGGGUGCCCCAGUUUGUGACUCUCAGCCAUGUUUCAAUGAGGGUGUGUGCCAAGACCAUUUCAAUGAGUUUAACUGCAGCUGCAACCCAGGGUGGGAGGGAGAACUAUGUGAGGCCGAGAUAAAUGAGUGCUCUUCUGGACCCUGUGUCUAUGGGACAUGUAAAGACCUUCUGGCAGACUACCAGUGUGACUGUGAGCCUGGAUAUAUAGGGAGAAACUGUCAGGAAGAAGUGGAUAACUGUUUGGAGUUUAGCUGCUUAAAUGACGGCACCUGUGUAGAAACAAUGGUAACUCAUACCUGUGUAUGUCCUCCUGGAUACAUGGGAAAACGCUGCCAGCGGCGAUUCCCUCCAGCAGCAUGUGAUGCCAAAACAGAGUGCCUUAAUGGAGGAGUUUGCAUAGGGGGGGACACUGGUGGCAACUGCACCUGCAAGCCAGGGUACACUGGUGCCAGGUGUGAGACAGAAAUAGACGAAUGUGAGUCCAGCCCUUGUCUCAAUGGUGCCACUUGUCUAGACAGAUUCAACCACUUCCAGUGUGUAUGUGUGCCAGGCUACAGUGGCACACUGUGUGAAAGCAAUAAAAGGGAGCAAAAAGAGCGGGUCCCUUGGCUGGUGGUGACCAUCCCCCUCAUCACAUUAUGUGUAUUACUAGCCAUCCUAGUUAUCUUUUUCCUCAUCAUGACGGCCCGGAAGAAGCGUCAGUCAGAGGGCACCUACAGCCCCAGCUCACAGGAGGUGGCUGGAGCCCGGCUGGAGAUGGGCAGUGUCCUCAAAGUGCCCCCUGAGGAGAGGCUAAUCUGAGACCUGCAGCCUCAAAUUAGAGGCUGUGCGGAACUAGUAGAGAGCAGAAUAUCUAUGCUCUGAAGGGAAGUGCUGUGCCCCACCACUCCAAAAAACAAUGGAAAGUCAGAUGGAUCUAUUGUCUAAAUGACCGAUGCUCCAUUUUGGGAGAACUACUGAUGUUGAAGCUUCAGAGCUGGAUAAGGUAAAAUCCAAUCAAAAGACAGGCCAUGGCAACGAUGGGUUUUCAAAGAUGUGAAAAGUCGCAAAGACAAUCUCAAUGGUUGAAGGAUUUUGACUCAAAUUUAGAACACAAUUAAUUAAUUCAUCAGCUGAAGAAACCACAUUUUUAUUUAUAUUUAUAUUAAAUAAUGCCCUGUUUUCAAAGAUAGUUAAUUAAUUUCUUCCAAAUAUUGUGGAUGUUUACAUCUGGUUCAAAACGUGUGUCCUGACCAAUCCGAUCACAAGUGGACAGCUAUCUUUUGUUAUUUAUUAGAUAAUAUCGGCAAAAGUCAAUAUUUCAGACAUAUUCAAUUAUGUACUCUUGGUUUAUGACACUAUAUCAUUUAAGAACAAAUGUUUUUCAGAAUUUUGUUUUAAUUAUUAUUAUAUAUCUUACAUUACAGUCAAUAUUUUAUAUCAUUUUGAAUUGUAAACUGAGAGCAUUGACUUUCAAACUAAUACAUUUUAAGUACGAUUCUAAACUGUUUUUUUGUGGCGAGAGCUUAAAUUAUUAAAUCUGGCCCAUCCUAUUUUAAUUUAAAUCCGACAGACCAAAAGAGCAUUCAUGACUUCCAUCUUCGUUAUUUUCAGAUAAAUAGUAAUCAAAUGUUUGUACUCCAACAGUAACCCAUGAAGGCAUUUUAUUAACCACUAAGUAUUAAUAUAUGGUAAUUGACCUCAAGCAUCUUCAAUAUUAUUUGAUGCUGCACUGGCUAGGAUAAUAUCUAAUAUACAGUAUCUGUCAUUGGUAUUCAACCUAUGUGUUUGGCCCAAAUUUCUCAAUAUUCCUGCAUUAAUAUUAUGAAAGUAAAGUUACAAGAAUAACAUUGCAAACAGACCUUCGUGGUGGUAAGCCACAGCUACGCUGGGGUAGUCUAGCAGAAGCGUGGCUGCCGUUUUGCACCUAUGGGCCCUCUGAUCACCAACAAACAGCCAACCACAGUGAGUCCGAGGCAAUGUGGGUUAAGCGUCUUGGCCAGGGACACACUGACAUGCGCUCGGGUAGGGACACGGACCAGUGACUCUCUGGUAGCAGGGCGUACACUUACCCUCUGUGCCAUACCACCAAGUGAAUGAUCAGUAUUAUUUCAUGUGGAUUUAAUUACUAAUAUCGUAGGUAGGACUUGUUGAAGGUUGAAUUGGUAUUAAUCUUUUUAUUUUCUAGAAAGCACUGAAAUUACACAUUAUUGCUUCUAUGAGGCACAGAUUAGCCACACUGUAAAUAUGUACUAUGAGAAAACAUUUUCAAAUGAUUUUGUGGAAAUUUGUGUUUUCUAUUUUGACCUUUAGAAUGUGACAGCAAAAAUAAAAAUGUAGAGAAAUGACACGAUAAUUGUUUUUGAAGGCGUAUGAUGACAACUUAACACGAAUACUCCAAUUGAGAUCGGAUCACUCAGGACGCAUAUGAUUAUACCAGGUCUACUCUGAAAAGGACUAUUGUUUGAACUUAAAGGUCCCAUAUUUUGGCUAUUUAGACCUCCAUAGAGUGACUCUCUAACAUGGACUUAGUGUAAAAGUGACAAUUUCAUUUUAAAAAAAACCCCACCUUGGUUUUGUCAUACGAGUGUCCAGAAAAGGCCCCUCUGACAGCUACUUCUGUUUGACCCAGUUUUGUAUCCGCUUUGUCCAUAUUUGGCUAAGACUACCGAGUGAGCAGGUCUGCCCCCUUUCCUGAUUGGUUGCCUCCAUGUAGAAGACCCACUUGUGAGAGCACGCAUGUUAUGUCGACAGCACUGGAAGGCAGAGUUCUUCACUAGUGACGUCGAUAAGCUCAGGAAAUUCGUGUUACCGGAUUUCAGGCCUCUCGGCAGAAAAACGUCUCGAAUUCAGGAAUGCGUGGAAGAUUCAUCCAUCCAUCAAUUUUCUACCGCUUAUCUGAGGCUGGGUCGCGGGGGCAGUAGCUUUAGGAGGGACACCCAGACUUCCCUCUCCCCAGCCACUUCAUGCAGUUCUUCCGGGGGGAUCCCGAGGCGUUCCCAGGCCAGCCGAAAGAUGUAGUCUCUCCAGCGUGUCCUGGGUCGUGCCCGGGGUCUCCUCCCGGUGGGACGUGCCCGAACACCUCACCAGGGAGGCGUCCGGGAGACAUCCAAAUCAGAUGCCCCAGCCACCGCCUCCUCUCGAUGUGGAGGAGGAGCAGCUCUACUCUGAGAUCCUCCCGGAUGACCGAGCUUCUCACCCUAUCUCUAAGGGAGAACCCGGACACUCUGCGGAGGAAACUCAUUUUUGAAAUUAUGUCCAUAAAAGUUAUGAACAGAAUCGGUGACAAAGGGCAGCCUUGGCGGAGUCACAAAAUACGGGACCUUCAAGUGACACUGGAUUUCAUUUUUUUAUUUGUCUAUUUUACAUGGGAUUUUUGUAUUUGUAUUGUAAUUGUUCCCAACAAAUCCAUCAUUUUGGUUACUUUUUAUGUUAUAUAGAAUGAGAAUAUGAGAAGACUUAACAUAUACACAGGCAUAUUCUGUAUGCACCAACCAAGCAUAGCAUUAUGACCAAUAAUAUUCAAUACAAUGUAUCAAAUAUUCUGCCUUUACAACGAUAAUAGUCAGUCUCCAAUAAUAAACACAUUUUUAAAUGAAUACCUGACAUCUGACAGUGUCAAUCAAAGCAGAGCACAUAAAUCGGAAUAUUUAAUACUGCUUUUGUAAUGUAAUUGUGCAAGGGGUCAUAAUGUUGCGGCUGUUCGGAAUACACCCUUGUCUCAACAUAGCCACAUCCAUCUAUCCAUCCAUUCUCAACACCCCUUACCCUGAUUAGGGUCGCAGGGUGCUGGAACCUAUCCCAGCUGACUUCGGGCGAAAGGCGGACUACACCAUGAACCGGUCGCCAGUCAGUCGCAGGACACAUAUAGACACAGACUCACACUCACAUUCACACCGUCACUGAGUGGGAGCUGAACCCACACUGACUGCACCAGAGUCAGACGAGUGUACCACUACACCAUCAGUGACUCAUAGCCACAUCAUUUAACAUAUUGAAUAUGCUGCUAUGUUGAUUAUUUGUAACAAAGUAGAAAUGCCAGUUGCGGUGAUAACAUGUCUGUGACGGCCCCCCAUAAUGCAGGCCCAAUGUCGAGUACGGUUUUCAUUACCAUGAUGAUUAGUGGAAAAACUAGGAUGUGAUUACUUGUUGACCAGAGUCUAAAAAAGUGAGUCUGCACUUCAGCACAUCAACCAAGCGUCCAACUUACACUUGUAGUGUGCAGAUCCAUGUAUGUGGUCCAUGCAGUGGAGCUUGCUCUCAGACACGUUUUUGGAAAUAGGCAGCUCACUAAAAAUUUAUCGGGUUUGCAGGCACUCAGAGACCCAAUAAUACAUAUACAAGCAAUUUUAAAAAUACAUUUUCCACAGUGAGUAGGAAAAUAGAUUAUGACUGAUUCUGAUCAGGGCGGCAGGGCGGCUGACUGGUUCUGAGGACCCGGGUUCAAAUCCGGCCUCGCCUGUGUGGAGUUUGCAUGUUCUCUCCAUGCCUGCGUGAGGUUUCCUCCCAUAUCCCCAAAACACGCAUUGUAGGUUAAUUGAAGACUAAAUUGCCCGUAGGUGUGAAUGCGAGUGCGGAUGGUUGUUUGUCUAUGUGUGCCCUGUGAUUGGAUGGCGACCAGUUCAGGGUGUACCCCGCCUCUCGCCCAGAGUCAGCUGAGAUAGGCGCCAGCACACCCGCGAUGCUAGUGAGGAUAAGCGGUAUGGAAAAUGGAUGGAGGGAUGAUUCUGAUCAGAUCGUUCAUAGCUAACUUGGACCCUUUCAAUAUCACUUUGUUGUUUGUUUGUCAUCCAUUAUGUUCAAUGAGAACACACAAUUAAUUUUGUCACAUGCAGAUUACAGGUUCCUCUUCGAUUCAAUUUUUAAUGUUCAAACUUGCCACCUCCAACAGAAAGUGUGUUUGACUCAGUCAGACUAAAGAAAACUGGUGUCAACAUAUCUGAAUGACAUAGACAACUGCAUAGUGUCUGAAAAAUCACUUGACUUAAACCUCUAAAUGAUCCCUCAGAUCACAUUUAGAUGGUUUUUUAUCUUCGAAUGUGUCUUAAAACUGGAAUUUGUGAAAUUAGUGACGGAUGGUUUUGAAUACACACACUGACUCAACACACUGAUAUGUAAUGACUGCUGUAAUAUGACUCGAGGUGUAAGCCUUAUGUGGUCACCAUUAAUGUAUGUACAUAUGAUGUGAAUGUUUUCUGUGUUGUUUGGAAUAUGCAGCAUUUCCUGUGUUUUCAGUUUUUUUUAUAGUUUUUUUUAACAUAUUCAAAGUGUUAAAUAUUAAAUAUUUAAUUGAGAAACGCA